CCCCCAUGGAACCAUUGAGAGCCGCACCUUGAUUCAUGUCAUACUACUUCGUCUUAUCUGAAGCCACGUGCAAAAACGACAUUCCUUUCUCGUCUCCACAUCCGCCUGGAUGUCCAUCGGCUGCCAGGCACACUGCAACUUCGGCAACUGCUCUUCUCCAUCUUCCUAUUUGCGUAUAGUCUGGCUUUGGGGGUAAAGGAUGAAGGCCGGCGUUUGGCCGAACCUUAGCAUCAUGGCGUCCGGGAAGAGUCGACUUCGACUCCUAUUUAAGGCGGCAUCCUCCUCCCUCUGAGUCGGACCAAGAGAUCAGCAGUGCUCUCCAGACAACUCAGUUCGCACCUCAACAACAGCCUUCGCAACAAUGAAGUUCCUCGCCGGUCUCUCCCUCCUUGCCUCCGUGGCUUCCGCCAUGAGCGUUGACUUGACUCAGCGCGGUGGCCCCCUCGACGUCAAGAUCGAGGUCGUCAACAACACCAACGUCAAGGCCAGCAUCACCAACACCGGCAAGGAGCAUCUGAAGGUCCUCAAGACUGGUUCCAUCCUCGACAACGCCGCUGUUGAGAAGACCCAGAUCUUUUCUGCUUCCGGCCCCGUCGCCUUCGAUGGUCUCCGCCUCCGCAUCGCCACUUCUGCCCUUCCCGAGGAUGCCUUCCAGCUGAUCGCCCCCGGCGAGACCGUCGAGACCUCCUGGGACUCGGCCGAGGUCCACGACCUCUCCCAGGGCGGCUCCUUCGACGUCAAGGUUGCCGGCAUUCUGCAGUAUGCCCACGUCAACUCGACUGAGCUCAAGGGCACCCUCCCCUACUCGUCCAACAUUGUGACCGCCUCCGUCGACGGCGCCGCUGCCUCCCAGGCUCGCCGCGUCUUCCACGAGAAGCGCUCCAUCGUGCAGUCCGACUGCACCGGCUCCCGCGGCUCCGCCACCCGCACUGCCAUGUCCAACUGCCGCGCUCUCGCCGCCCGCGCCAGCCAGGUCGCCUCGUCCGGUUCCGCCUCCAAGAUGACCGAGUACUUCAAGUCUUCGUCCUCGUACACCCGCUCCACCGUCGCCGGCGUUUUCGCCCGCGUCGCUAACGAGUGCGGCUCCACCACCUCCGGCUACGCCCGCUACUACUGCUCCGACGUCUACAAUGCUUGCUCGUCUGGUGUCCUCGCCUACACCCUCCCCAGCUCUAGCUUCAUGGUCAACUGCCCGCUGUACUUUAGCGCGCUGUCCAGCUUGAGCAGCCAGUGCCAUGCCCAGGACCAGGCCACCACCACCCUCCACGAGGUCACCCACUUGAGCCAGAUCCAGGGCACCUCGGACCAGAGUGGAUGCUAUGGCUACAGCUGUGUGCGCCAAUUGUCUGGAAGCCAGAACUUGAAGCAUGCUGAUACCUAUGCCUUGUUUGCCAACUCUAUCUACGUUGGCUGCUAAGCGCAUGUCACUCACAUGUCACUCACAUGGCUAUGCCACGUAUGGAAACGAUGUUGAUGAGAGUUUGGAAAUGAAUUGACGCAGUUGG